AUCAAAUAUUUUUUUUUUCGACACGUUCAGCUCAAAUUCAAAAAUGAUUGAGUAGCCAUACUAAGCAUAUUACCAUACUACUGUAACUAUACCAAGAGAGGAGCUAAAUCUGCAAGCGCGCAAUACUUGGCAUUAUGUUGGGCUUUCUCUUUGUCUGCUUGGUGCUGAGUCAGCUGGUGAUGCCCGUGCUUGGGGUGGUCUAUGCGAACUGCAGCGAACCGAGCACGCAAUUGACCUCUUGUGGACAGAUCAGCGCCAAUGGCUGUUGUGCCAAGGGCUGCAUUCGGAACGCAGUGGGCCGCUGUGUGCUGGAGCAAUGCACUGGCAGCUGGAAUGGCUGGCUACGACGUCCGGUGACGAUGUCCUGUUACUUUCACUGGUUUCUGCUGAUCUUUGCCGCCGUCGUAAUAGCCCUCAUGACGGUCAUUGUGAUCCUGAAUCUGAUAUUCGAGGUGCGGGUGUGUCUGCGUAAGCGUCGGCUGGCCAGAUAUGUGCGCUUGAGUCCCAGGAGCAGUCCAAGCAGCAGCGUUGUUUAGAAUCCUUGAAAGUAUCUGAAGAGGCGGCGACGGCUACGACGGCUACGACGGCGGCGGCAUCAAUCCAGAUGUUAAUGCACAUGCGUGCGGCAUAAAAACUGUGCGGGAUUUGGCAUAAUCUACAAUACAUUAGCGGUAGCUUUGCUCUGGCUUUCAAUUCAAUUCGUUGGGUAUCUCAACGAAAUCCAUGUAAAUUACGAUUUGGCACCUUGCUGCCACGCACAGACACACACACACACAAACACACACGCAGACAAGAGAACACAAGCACUCAGAACGAUGCCAAAGUCUCAGAAUCCCAUUACAUAGUAGUUAAAACCUGAUUAGGAAAUACUUGCGGCUGCUUUCAGCUUUGCCACUCGCUUGGUUAAAAAGAAAUAACAAUAAAUGGCACAUGUGAAA